AAAGGGAACAGAGCGACCGCUCCACUGACACAGAGCAGAGAGGGGCGCGAGAGGCAGAGAAAAUGGACGAUGACUUUGGUGGAUCUCUCACUCCACCCAUCUCCCCAUACGUUAUUGAAAGGAUGGAGACGGAGGUGGAGGGCUGUAAACCCCCUUGUUUCUCUUGUAUCUUAGACCAUCGAGAUGAAGACAGAGCCUUCUCUGUAGAUGGUUACCUUGUGAGUGGAUCACUGAACCGGCUGUUACUAAUGCUGGAUCCCUCACCAACCGUUUAUGAGGCGGACACAGUGAACAUUUUUGAUUUCCAGUGGGUGACGGAAACUGCACUUGUUGAAUCUCCUCAGCUUCUCUUUGGCUUACUCAGGCAAAAAAUCAGCAGUUUGGAAGACAUGGCUCUACCUAAUUCAUUUGAUUUUGGUCAAGCUAAACGCAUACAUUGUGAAGCAGAUGAAAUCAGACAACAGUGUGUUAACUUUCUCCAAUACAUCAAAGUGUUUCUGUUUAGGUACCUUGAACCAUCCAGAGAGUUAAGUGAAGAAUCUGUGCAUCCAUAUGAUGAAGUGGAAGCUAAGCUGCCCUCUGUAUUAGUGGAGGAACUGCAUGCGCUUACACUUUACAUUGGCCAUCUUGGUGAGCUUCCCAGUAAUAUCCUGGGAACCUUGACUACACAAAAUCAGGGAAAGAUUUUUCCACCAUCCUGGCACUUGUUGCACCUACAUCUAGACAUUCACUGGUCAAUACUGGAAAUCUUGCACAUACUGGGGGAGAAGAUGUUGGGUCAGGUAGUUUAUGCACAUCAGUUUAUGAAUCUGACUGGAGAAAAUCUUACAAGUACCAGCUUGUUUGAAGAUCAUUGCAAUAACCUUCUUCGUGAUCUAAUUGGCUUAGCAGUUAACAGAUAUAUUGAGGUUCGACCAUCUGAAGUUCUGACCACUUGUCAUUACCAGUGUGGCUGUGUCAAGGAAUUAUGGGCACUGGUCAUCCAGCUCCUAAAUCAUAGAAAGAAAGCUUCCCACACCGGGGCGUUCUGGAGCUGGCUGAACAAUCACCUCAGAAAUAUGUUGCAGGGAGUUGGCAGCAUGGAAGGAGUUCAUCUUUGGGACAUCACACACUGUAAGGAUCCACUAGGCUUCAAUUGGUGGCUGGUUACACACCUUGCAAUGCUUCACCUGUUUGAUAGGAGUGGAACCACUGAUGAGAAGAAACCAAUGGAAAACAACUGGAAAUUUGUAGAGGAACUUCUGAAGCUAUCCUGCCCCAGCCAGGCUGGUGUUUUGGAAGAACACUUGCGGAUGCACCUUCAAUGCUGCCUAACUCUUUGUGAACUCUGGGAUCCCAAUCUAACCACUGUCACUACACUCUGGGAGUAUUAUAGUAAGCAUCUAAACGGUGCCUUCAACAUUCCUUGGCUGGGUUUGAAAGGACUGGCCAGUGUGAGUAAAUCCCCUUUUUCUAUGCUUGAAAUGACAAAGAUCUGUUGCUGUGGAGACCAGAGUCCCAACUUAUACCAGUCUGAGAACAGUUUUCAGUUCUUCCUCCGAAUCUUGGCCCUGCAGAUGAAGAAAGGGAAAGAGACAAGUGGAACUCACCCAUGGAAACAGCUGAAAGGAAGGAUUUAUUCCAAGUUCCAUCAGCGGAAAAUGCAAGAACUCUCUGAGAUGGGCCUUCAGAACUUUAUCAGCCUCUUCCUGGUGCUUUCAGCUGUGGCUGAGAUGGAAGACGUUGUCAGCCGAGUAUCUGAUCUUCUGGACCUUCUAAACCCCAGCUUGCUCUCCGUGACCCAGCGAUCACUGAUGUGGAGGGGUUGUUUCGCCUUUCUUCUGAUGUAUGAGGAGAAGAACAUCGACGUCAGCUUUCUUGCUACUAAACUCUCGGAUGCCUUUCAGAAAGUUGCCAAAGAAUUCUACUUGAAAACCACUGACUUCACAAGAAAAGUGACCCUGUGGACCUUGCUUUCCACAUACAUGGAUGCCGUCCAGGAAGUAUUUGAGACCAGCUCCUACCUGCACCUUUCAGAAGAAAAGCUGUUGAACGAAGGCUUUAGUUUGUUGUAUCCUGCUUGCAGGGAAUCUGAACUAAACACAUCACUCAUGUUUUUGCAGACAGUCUUGGCUCGGCUGAGGAGUGUGCACAAACGCUUGGUGCAGUCUCCUCAGCAGCCUCGGGUGGCCUCCCAGACGGCUCCUGCCCCAUUAGUUGCCAAAGAGCGCCAUCUAGCUAUCGCCAGUGCCCUCUGGAAGAAUUUCUUCCCUUUUUUGAAGAGCCAAAGACUGUCGCAGAUGCCUCCGACACAAGUAGCUGACGCUGCUGCAGGUUUUACACUGCUGGCUAUGGAUAUGCCAAGUGCAGCACCUCCUGAACUUCAGCCACAGCCUCUGGAAGCCAUCCUGAGGCUAUUUGGCUGGGAUGACAUGGUCUUUCCACAGCUUGUGUCCCGAUAUCUCAUCCAUCUCAUUCAGAACAGUUCCGUAGUGGAAGCUCUUACAAGUCUAGGAUGCAACUGGUAUCAAACAUCUUUCAUCCAUUCGUGGUUUCGGUGUGUUUUGCAGCAACAUAUAAAUCAACCUACAGUUGCUCCAGACAGAAAGGAUCAUGGCCACACAGUUGGCAGGAUAAGCAUGGACCAGUUGGCAGAGCUGACCAGGAUAGUGUGUAAACUGCCAGAAAUAGAGAAUCUUUUUUUCCAGGCACAACUUACUCAGUCAGCAGUGAAGAUGGAACCCAAAACUGCUGUCUUCCUAUUCGUUAAGGCGGUUGGAAAGACUUACACUCAGUUACAAACUCUAGGAGACAAGUCUGCUAUGGUCUCAAAAGCCCUGGAGUAUGUAGGUGAUAUACUGAAAUACACAAAGCCCUAUUUAGCCAACAAAGGGCCAGCAGAAGGUCUGCAGUUGAUGUACUGGACUGUUGGUUGCCUUGUCAAACACUGGGCACCGAUGUUGUCCACUUCUAAAGCUCAGCAGCUCCUGUUUCGCAUCAUUGAUUGCCUGCUCCUGCCUCAUGCCCUGUUUCACCAGGACAAAGAACUGCCUCCAGCAAUGCUGUCUGCCAUUCGAGAUAACUUGCCUCUGUAUCUCCAGGGAUUGUCAACUAUCGUUGGACAGACUCAGAUUCAGGGUGCCUAUGUUAAACAGCAGCUGCGGAGAAUUGUUCAACACUACUUUGGUCGCUUUCUUCCCUCAUCUCCUGGGUCAGGAAUCAUGAAUCAUCCAAUAUUGCUUGCAUUUAGUGAAUCAGUGUCUGCUGUUCAAGCUCAGAACCUGCGCAAAACAGUUCUUCUGGUGAUAAGUGAAAACUACAUCCAGUUCCGAGGUCAUGCUCCUCCUCCUCGCUUAGCGGCAGUUCUCGCAUUCCUUCUUGAACUGCUUGAAAGAAAGCCAAGUGCUGACGUAGCCUUUGAGACCAAGCUGCUGCUGCCCACAACUCUGAAAUGCCUCAUAUUGGUAAAUGAACCACAAGUAAAGAAAAUAGUCUCCGCAGUUCUGCAGCGCAUGAUUGAAAAUUGUCAAUUGGUGUCUCCAGAUCAGCCGUGCAUUCACUUGACUUCUGUACUAAGACAGUUCAUCCAAGAGUACAUUGGAAUAUACGAUCACCAGGUGUACAACGUCAUGGAGAAGGUGACAGCACUGGAUCGAGAUUUGGUCAUUGGCCUCAUCCCCACUCUUACUCAGGCUCUAACGGAAGCCGAGUUUAAGCAAGGACUGGGCAGACGCCAUUCACAAAGGGAGUCCUACAGAAGGCUGUUGUCUCUUCUUGGAGAGCCAGGACAAGCAGAAAUCGUUAAGCUGGAAAAAGAAAGCGAUUAGCUCCAAUGCAGAAGACAUUUUAUAGAAGCAUACCAUACACUGCA